UGUUUGCUGGGGGACGAGAUAUUUUUAGCCAUGACUUUAACGGGAUUUGGCUACAGUAGACAUAUCAUAAUGUAAUCAAGAACGUACAUUUGUGUUGCUUUCAUUGUUUUGAACUCUAAGGUUUGAAAUAUUGAAAUCGUUGAUUUAAAGCUAAGCCGUUCAUCCGAAGAAAAUCAGCGUUUUCUUUUUCUUCAUGGACAAAGAUAAGUGUAGCGACAUUCGUGCGCAAUGCUCCUGGAUGGAGAUGCAUCAGUUCAUUGGUGACCUUUUCACAUCUGGAAAUGCAGUGAAGGAUCAGCCCGAUGUGCUGAACGCUGCAUGGGGCGUGGCUGCUGCUGGUGGUGUUGAGGCUCUGCGGUUCAAAGCUGCUUCACUUGAACCUGUACAACAACCUCGACCUGCCCGGGACAGGUCAGAGGCAGAGCCCGGCCGACAGAUCCAGCCUGGGGCAUCACAGAAGAAGGCAGAGGCGGUCAGAGACAGGAGAGAAGAUGUGCAUAAUGCCUGCACCUGCCCUGGCUGCCCUUACUCCACUUCUCCUUCCUUUGAUACUUUAAAACCCAGACAAUCUUUGUACACGCACCCACGCUCGGAUGCUGUCUGCCACCCCAAAGACCUUAGCAGUACUGCUCCAAUGAGCCUCAGCAUGUGCUUACCAGACACCAGUGAUCCAAGCAGCACCACAUCUGAGCUGGAGAGCAGGGCUUCCAGCCGACCGCAGAGGGGUGAUGCAGACACUCGGAGCGCAGACCAGACUCCUCCUUCCAGAGCGUCCUCGGGCUCCUUGUCUCACCUCUCCAUGUUUCCCUGCUUGUGUUGCCAUCGCCUACAAACCUGCACCCAGAUACUAAGCCACCACGAAGGCACUGACUCCCCAUUUUCUCACACCCAUCAUCCUUUUCAUCACCACCACUGUCCUAUAACCUCUUGUUUAACCUGCCCUCAGCUCGCCUGCUCUCAUGCUCCGCAGCUCUCCGGCCCUUUUCCCUGCUUGCCUUGCCAGCGCUCCUUUCCUACCUGCACUCACCAGCACAGACAAACACACACUCAGCAACAAGAAGAAAGAGGACGGGCGUCUAUGACCAUGUUGCCGCUGCAUCCCUGCAUGCACUGCUCUGCCUCUUUUUCCAGACCGUCCCAGUUGCUGCAGCACCAGCGCUCUGAGCACACCCACAAACCGCCUGGCUUCCUCUGCACAGAGUGCGGCAGGGCCUUCAACUCGCACAGUAACCUUCGCAUCCACCUCAACGUGCACACCGGCGCCCGGCCCUACUCCUGCUCCGACUGCGGGAAGAGUUUUAGCCAGUCGGGGGCUCUGAAGAUCCACAGGCGGAUCCACACAGGCGAAAGGCCGUAUUCCUGUGGAUUUUGCGACAGGGGAUUUCCCCAUCUUGCAGGUGUCCGGGCCCAUCAGAGGACCCACACAGGAGAGAAGCCCUACUGCUGUAGCCAGUGUGGGAAAUGUUUCACCCAGUCAGGAGCUCUUAAGAUCCAUAUGCGCAUCCACACAGGAGAGAGACCAUUCAUCUGCAGCUUCUGUGGGAAAGGCUUCUCCAACCGCUCCGGGAUCCGCUUCCACUACCGCACAGUCCACGGACUGGCCCCCGAACACGGCGGAGAAGCUGGAGCUAGGGAAGCAUAUCGGGGUCCAGCAGGCCGUAGUUAUCCACCCGGGCGCCCCAGGACUUUUCCUGCGGCCAGCGUUGGGCUAAAUACAUCCAAAAGUCCGGAUGGCAACUCGUACACAAACGCCAGAGAGUGUCCUGUGUCGACCGCCGCUCAAACUGGUAAUGAGAGAACAUCUCAGUCAGAGGGAGCAAACCCAGGAGGCAGCAGAGAGGGGCUCCUGUAUGCAUGUGAAGACUGUGGCCUGCGCUUUAAGGAUGCCCCUUCCAGGAACAGACACCAGACUCUGAUGCACUACUCUUCUGAGGGGAGGCAGGAGGAGGAGGAGGAGGAGCAGAGGAAAGAGUUGAAAACAAACGAGAAGGUCCGCGAUGAGUGAAUUAAUGUUGGGACAUUAAAACAGGCUGAGCAUAAACAAAACCCAAACACCCGAGUAAAUAGUGCUUUAACAACAGGUAGUGAUAUGAUGUGUGCAGUAUGUUCAGUAUUUGAUAUAGCACUACUUCUUUUCAAGCUAUUAUAUAGACUUCAAUUUAGAUUUUCAAUGACAUGUUUGUAAAGGAGAGAUUCUGUAAAUCUUACAUUCAGAAGCUCAAUCAAGCUGGUUUUCAUAACAGGUUUGUAGAUUUAUGAUUUAAUAGAAGUUAAUACUCAAGAGUGAUCCUUAGUGAGGUAUCCAGCUGCCUGUUUGUGCAGAUUCAUCAUUGCUACAGGCUUCAAGUCAAUUUGCUGCAAUCACACACCAGGUCAACUUCUAAAAUAUUUUUCUCAACAGUUUUUUAUUGUGCCUUAUUCAGCAGUGGAAGUGUUUAGCGAGUUCAUCGCUAAAUGUGACAGCACAAAACUUGUAAAAGCAUUUCUAGAAAAUGUAAUUACACUUGAGGGUCUUUUAGUAACAUGUAUAUAUAAAAUGGCAAACAAGUCAAUUUUCUUCCUUUCAUUUAAGUGUGAACAAAAGCAAAGUCUUAUCAGUUUAUUUAAAUUAGUAAAUUCAUCUGUUUAUGAUCUGUAUUUUCUAGAAGAAAAUCCAAUGGACUUUGCAUGGUAUAGACCAUUUUGUAAAAGUAGGGAAUACAGAGUUAAGUAAAAUUAAGUUUCUGUACAGUUGCAAAAGCCUAACAAAUAACAAGGCCGUGUGCAGGAAUAAGGUUUUGUGCUUUGGUUAUUAUAAAGGAUCUUAAUCAUGACACCACCUUGCCUGUUGUGCCUUUCUGUUUUAUAUUACAAUCCAAAAAUGUAUUUAAAAAAACAAUGUUUGUUUGGUACUAUGUAUGUUAUAAAUGGACGACAGUUAUUUGAGGAGUGACAAUCCAUUACUGUUCAAAGCUCGAGAGAGCCACCUGGUGGUUAUACAUAAUCAUAGCAACAAUAUUACCCACUUUGUUACAUGCAGUGCACCAUUCAUAGUGCUUCUUACACGUUGAAUUUAUAAUUUACAAUGUAAAGUGAGGACAAGUAACAUAUUCAAUCCACUUGUUUUGUAUUAACUUGUUAAAUACACUGAAGCAUACAUUGCUGUUUUGUGUUUUUUGAAAGUGCAGCUUGUGAUUAAACAUUUCAAUAAACAGUAUCUCACUGAGA